GGUUUGUUGUUUUGUCCUUUUUUAGCCUUGCUGCUUGAUUGUAAAUUGGCUCAUGAAAAGUGAUCAAAAUACUGCAUUUUUAUCACAAUCAUAACGCUACGUGACGAAAAAAAUUAAAUUUGUCAAGGAAACGGGGAGUUAAACGGAUGUUCUGAUGCAGUGACUGGCAUGAUUGUUGAAUAAAGUGGCAGUGGUCAAAAUAUAUUCAAAAGCUACAAAUUAUGAACAAAUCGGACGAAUAAAAUACUCAGUAAUAUACAAGUCGUGAGUUAAAAUUUUACCAGCUUGGAGCAUCGUGAACAAUCCCCACUGUGGUUGUUGCAUCAGAAUGUGUGUAUUAUGUUCGCGUGCUUUGCAAGCGUAAUAUGUACAGCGAACAACGCACAAAGCUAUAGGCAAAAUAGCCACGACAACUAUAUCAUACGCUGCAAAAACACACACUUUCGUUAAUAGUAUACAUUUUCCAUCGACCUUGCUGACAUCUUUAAACCAGUGCUUACGCUUCUACUGACCUCUUCAGCUGUCAAUGGCAGACUUCGAUGCAAUUUAUGAGGAAGAGCAAUUGGAGGAGCACUAUGAAGAUCAAAUGGUUGCACCCGUGCACGAACCCAUCAUCAUACGAGGUUGUGGCAACAUGACAGUGUUUGGUCUGAGUAACCGUUUCAACAUAGAAUUUCCCUCGGGUUUAGUUUCGCGUGUGGCCCCUGAAGAAUUUAAAGCAACGAUCGGGCGAAUUAAUGGUGUUCUAAAGAAAACAUUACCGGUAAACGUGAAAUGGCUUUUCUGUGGCUGCGUCUGCUGUUGUUGCACGCUUGGUUGCUCUCUUUGGCCGGUCGUUUGUUUGAGUAAGCGGACACAAAAUACUCUUGACAAAUUGCUGGAAUGGGAGAAUAGUCAUUUAUAUCAUAAACUUGGCCUACAUUGGCGACUGCAUAAGCAACAAUGUGAUUCUAAUUCAAUGAUGGAGUAUGUAUUACGAAUUGAAUUUAUACCGAAAACGCCGAUAUAUCGUCCGGAUUAAGAAAAGCACGAAGUCAAACACACAUCAGUUUGUUGGGUAGGGUACGUCAAUCGUAGGCUUUGAUUAUACCGGUACUAGGAAGUUAUAAAAAGGUUUGUGUAUAAAUACUUAUAUAUAUACAUUAACCAGCAAGUAGAUCGUCGAUAAAAAAUUGCCAA